AUGGGUCAAUCGACAGCAGUACAAACCCCAGCACAGACGGAUACCGCGCCGAAAACCAAGGCAGCCCGCAUGGAAGAGUGGUCUCAGCUGCCCCUUCGAGAACGGCCCGAUAUGGAGCGUUGGCUGACGGCUAUGUCGGCCCGGUUUACUAUUGAGCAGCCAAAUGACAUGGUUUCGGACACAUCGGGAGGUGGCUACGCGAUUCCUAGGACUCCUAUUCACGAUACAUCGCAGAACUUGGGAGAUCAAUCUCAUUCCGGAUCGGUCUCAUAUGCAUGGGAACACAGGGACAACAGGGGCAGUUCGGGAAGUUCAUACGAUAUACAUCAGCCCAUGCCGUCUGCAGGUAAUUCCCCAGACGAAAUAAUCGGCGUCGAGGAUGAUGCCGGUGUCUCGGUGGGAGUGGAGACGGGACGGCCGAGCAAAGCUGAGAAGCUGUCACACAAUAACCCGAGCCUUUAUUUUUGA